AGAGUGUGUAAGAGAUGUGUAAACUCUGCAUUCUUUCUCUCAAUAAAUAGUAUUUUGUUGAAAUUAAGAUAGUGAUUUACUUGGUAAUUGAAACUAAAUACUAAGUUUUGUCGCGUAGAAGAGUGCCAUUUUAUCUGUUACAUCUUUUUUGUAUUAUUUAGCACCAUCAGAUGGGAAGUUAUUAAAGUGAGAUACCUAAAAGUUCAUUAAUAGUUACAUGUUUUUUCCACUGAAAUUCAUUAAAGCUGUGCCGAAGAUGUCGUUCCCUCCAGGACCACCUUUGCCAAUGCCUGGUAUGCCGCCAGUUCCACCAAUGAUGCCACCACCAUAUGCAGUUCCUCCUAUGGGUGGUAUGAUUCCCAUGACCGUCGGUAUGAUGCCAGCACCUAUGAUGGCACCAGUUGCAAUGCCAAUGCCAGCUCCAAUUCCAAUGCCUCAACAAAGAACUGUGAAAAAGAUAAAUACUCAAAACACAUACAGAAAAUAUGAGAAUCAUGUAGAGCAACCAGAGUUACCAAAAGGCCCACCGGUAACUGUAUUUGUAGGUAAUAUUACUGAUAGAGCUCCAGACACCUUAGUUCGGCAAAUAUUGCAGAGAUGUGGAAUAGUACUAAACUGGAAGAGAGUCCAAGGAGCGAAUGGAAAAUUACAAGCUUUUGGGUUUUGUGAGUACGGUGAUCCUGAAUCAGCUCUGAGGGCUAUGAGAUUACUUCAUGAUUAUGAACUUGGAGAAAAGAAACUUGUGGUUAAAGUUGAUGCCAAAACCAAGGAGAAACUUGAUGAAUAUAAAGCUAAUAAGCUGGCAAAGUUACAAGAUGAAGAUGAAAAGAACAAAAAAGAUAAAGAUGAUAACAAAGAAGAAGGAGAAACCAGUGAUGAUGCUUUGGAUGAAAUGACUAAACAGAGAGAUAAUGCUAUUAUAACAAGUCUUCAAGCUUUAAUCCAUGCUCAUGCUGCGGAACUGUCUAAACCAUCCGAAGAUAAAGAUAUCCCAGCUCCAGUUGUUGUGGUAAACCAGUCUGAAAAAACAAGCUCUGAAACGAAUAGUCCCAAACCAAGAAUUGAUUAUGAAAGAUUAAAAAAGAAUGAACUGGAUGAAAUGGAUUUGGAAGAGGAUAAAAAGUCUCUCAUACAUCGGGAAAUUGAUAAAUUCCGGGAUACUUACAAGAGAGCAGAAGAGGAGAAAGAAAAAGAUAAAGAACGCCGUCCACGUAGAAGAGAAUACGAGUCUCCAGAGCCUCGAUCUCGCGACAGAGACAGAGAUCGAGACCGUGACAGAGAAAGGGAAAGGGAACGUGACAGAGAUAAACGAUGGUCUAAAGAACGUUCAUUGGGAAGAGAGGAAAGAAGCAGCCGGCGAAGGCGUAGUCGUGAAAGAGAUCAUAAGUCUCCCCGUGAAUCUCCUGUAGUGACUAGAGAGCAUAGAGAGAGAUCAAGAGAAAGACAAGUUGAAAGACAAAGAUCCGUUUCCAGGGAUCGUAAUGACUGGAACCGAGAAAGAGAACGGUCCGAUGAAAAAACAACCACUGUCUCCAGACCUAAGGAGAAAGAGUAUGAUAAAGAGGAGGAAGAAGAUGCAUAUGAAAGAAAAAAGCAAGAAAGAAAAAUACGUGAAAAAGAAGCUCUGUAUCAAGAUCGUCUGCGAAACUGGGUUGCAAGAGAAAGGCGGAAAGCUAAAGAAUAUGAAAAAGAAAAGAUAAAAGCUGAAGAACAAAAAAAAGAUGAAGCUAAAGAAGCAAGACGAUUGAAGGAAUUUUUAGAAGAUUAUGAUGACGAAAAAGAUGAUCCUAAAUAUUUCAAGGGAAGUGCUCUUGUUCGAAGAAUGAAAGAACGGGAAAAGGAAAUUGAAGAAGAUAUGCUUGAUCGUCAGAGAGAGAAAGAAGAAUUAGAUGAAUUGCGUAAAAAAUUGGUUGAAGAAGGUCAUCCUGAUCCUGAAGCGGAAGUAGAAAGAUUGUUAUUAGAAGAAAGUCGGUUAAUGGAGCCACCAAAACCAGAAACGCCAGAAUCUGAUCAAGAACCUGAAAUUCAACCAUCCCCUGUUAAAAUGCGGCCUAUUUCUAAAGCAGCUUUGUCUCCUGUGGAGGAAAAGGAAGAUAGGGUGAUAUCAAAGAGACCUGUUUUGGAAGAUGAUGUAUCCCAAAAUAGCUUCUCAGGUUUUUCUGAUGUCAUAACACAACAAGAAGAAGUUAAAUUAAUGGGGUUUACUAGUCUGAGGCUGGGUGCAAGCCCUACUCAGCACAACUCGAGUCCUUCUGUCCUAGCUACGAACAAUCACACAUCUAGUAAGAGAAAAGUUACCGUUGAUGAUGUUUUUAAUGUUAAUGAUGAAGAAACAGAGACAAGAAAGAAGAGGAAAUUAAUUCCUCUCGAUGACACUCAAGAUGAUGGUCCCAAAACUCCAAAUUCUGUAUCACAAAUGACAAACGAAGAAAAGCGGAAGCAUAUCAAAAGCUUAAUUGAGAAAAUUCCUACUGAAAAAUCUGAACUUUUUGCUUAUAAUUUAGAUUGGAAAGUAGUAGACUCGGUGCUUAUGGAAAAAAGAAUUAGACCAUGGAUUAAUAAAAAAAUUGUAGAAUAUAUAGGUGAAGAAGAACCUACCUUAGUAGAAUUUAUUUGUUCAAAAAUAAUGGCUGGUAGUGCUGCACAAAGUAUAUUGGACGAUGUAUCUAUGGUCUUAGAUGAAGAAGCUGAAGUUUUUGUUGUAAAAAUGUGGCGACUACUCAUUUAUGAGAUAGAAGCAAAGAAAUUGGGCUUAGUGUGUAAACCCGACUCUGCAUCUCAGGAAAAUAUGACUCAAAGCAAGACGUGAAAGAGCAUAUGUCUGUGUUACCAGUGGAAAGUUCUAUUGGAGUGCAGGCCAUAUAUUAGGACUGACUGGACUGCCUUACUAUGAGAGUAAUGGUGCAUUGUAAUUAUACCAUCUCAUUCACCAGUGCUGAGGACAUAUUCUCUGCUCAUAAACCAAUUGUACAUGUGAAUAAAUCCUUUAAGACGAAACAUA